CUCUCUCUGUGUUGAUUCUUCUUUUCCAUAUUUCAAUUGGUGCCAUUGAACUACCAUCUUUCUAAUCAUUUUAGUUUUGCAAUCCGGUGCUGAGAGAAGAUUUCUUGGAACCACUUUCCAAUGGCAUUGAGCAGCCAAAGGGCCUUCACUUCAGCUACUGCAGUUUGUCCAUGGAAAUACCAAGUAUUUUUGAGUUUCAGGGGUGAAGACACUCGCAGGGGUUUUACUGACUAUUUAUACAAACAGUUGGACUGGCGAGGAAUUAGAACUUUCAGGGAUGAUCCAGAUCUUGAAAGAGGGACAGAUAUCAAUCCAGAGCUUCUGACUGCGAUUGAAAAAUCAAGGUUUGCAAUCAUAGUUCUUUCAACAAACUAUGCUUCAUCAAGUUGGUGUUUGCGUGAACUAACCCAUAUUGUUCAGUCCAUGAAAGAAAAGGAGAGAAUUUUCCCAAUUUUUUAUGAUGUGGAUCCCUCUGAUGUACGCCAUCAACGGGGGAGUUUUGGGGCAGCCCUCAUUAACCAUGAAAUGAAUUGUGGGGAAGACGUAGAGGAGGUGCUUGGGUGGAGAAAUGCUUUAAAAAAAGUUGCUAAUCUGGCUGGGUGGAAUUCAAAGGAUUAUGGGUAUGAUACAGAGCUUAUCACAAAAAUUGUUGAUGCAUUGUGGGAUAAAGUGCACCCUACAUUUUCAUUGUUAGAUUCCUCAGAGAUAUUGGUCGGACUUAAUUUUAAACUAAAGGAAAUAGAUCUGCAUUUAGAUACAAACGCAAAUGAUGUGCGCUUUGUGGGAAUAUGGGGGAUGGGGGGAAUGGGUAAGACAACCCUAGCUAGGUUAGUUUAUGAGAGAAUGUCUCAUAAUUUUGAAGGUAGCAGCUUUCUUGCAAAUGUCAGAGAGGUUUGUGCAACACAUGGUCUAGUUCCUUUACAGAAACAGCUUCUUUCCAAUAUCUUGAGGGAAAAAAAUAUACAAGUUUAUGAUGCUUACAGUGGAUUUACUAUGAUAAAAAGGUGCCUAUGUAAUAAAAAGGUUCUUCUCAUUCUUGAUGAUGUAGAUCAAUCAGACCAACUGGAAAUGUUGAUCAGGGAAAAAGACUGCUUUGGUUUGGGAAGUAGAAUCAUUAUUACAACUAGAGAUGAACGUUUGUUAGUCGAACAUGGGAUAGAGAAGGUAUAUAAGGUCAUGCCAUUAACCCAAGAUGAAGCUCUUUAUCUCUUUAGUAGGAAGGCCUUUAAAAAAGAUGACCUUGAAGAAGAUUAUCUAGAAAUGUCUAAAAAUUUCAUAAACUAUGCAGGAGGUCUUCCAUUAGCUCUUAAAACUUUGGGGUCUUUUUUGUAUAAAAGAAGUCGAGAUGAAUGGAAGAGUGCACUAGAUAAACUGAAGCAAGCUCCUGACAGAAAAAUUUUUCAAACGUUGAAAAUAAGCUAUGAUGGACUAGAGGAGAUGCAGAAGAAAAUUUUUCUUGAUGUUGCAUGUUUCCAUAAGUUUGCUGACAAGGAAGAAGUGAUUGAAAUACUAGACAGUUGUGGUUUUGUUGGCACUCGUAUUGUGAUACAUGUUCUUAUUGAGAAAUCUCUCUUGUCUGUUUCAAACACGUGUCUGUCCAUUCAUGAUUUGAUACAAGAAAUGGCAUGGGAGAUUGUUCGCCAAGAGUCUUUUGACGAGCCAGGUGGUCGCAGUCGCUUGUGGCUUCACAGUGACAUCGUUCAUGUACUCACGAACAAUACGGGAACGGCAGCCAUUGAAAGCAUAGUCCUAUGCUUGUGUGAAUUUGAAGUGGCACACUGGAAUCCUGAAGCAUUCACUAAGAUGUGUAAACUCAAGUUGCUCAAGAUUAAUAAUUUGAGCCUUUCUUUGGGCCCAAAGUAUCUUCCCAAUUCCGUAAGGUUUCUGGAGUGGAGUUGGUAUCCCUCCAAAUGUCUGCCACCAAGUUUUCAACCUGUUGAACUUGCUGAACUUCGCCUGCAGCAUAGCAAAAUUGAUCACCUUUGGAAUGGAAUAAAGUACAUGGUCAAGUUGAAAUCUAUUGAUCUUAGUUACUCGGAGAACUUGAUAAGGACCCCAGAUUUCACAGGUACUCAGAAUCUUGAGAGGCUGGUUUUUAAAGGUUGUACUAAUAUUGUUAAGAUUCAUCCAUCCAUUGCCUCUCUCAAAAGACUAAGAGUUUUGAAUUUUAAAAACUGUAAAAGCAUUAAGAGUCUCCCAAGUGAAGUAGAACUGGAAUCUCUUGAAACAUUUGAUCUUUCUGGGUGCUCAAAAGUGAAAAAUAUUCCAGAAUUUCUGGGAGAAAUGAAGAAUUUUUCGAAGCUUUCUUUAAGCUUCACUGCUGUUGAGCAAAUUCCUUCAUCAAUUAUACCUUUGAUCCCGAGUUUGAAGGAGAUUGAUAUGAGUGGAAUUUCUAUGAGAGAUGCGCCAUCCGCCCUGGUUCCAGUGAAAAAUAUCAAACCACCUAGAUCAUGGCAUUCGUUCUUCACUUUUGGCUUAUUUCCAAGAAACAGUCCUCACCCUGUGAGUCUGGUGUUAGCUUCCUUAAAAGAUUUACGCUUUUUGAAGUUUCUAAAUCUGAAGGACUGCAAUCUUUGUGAAGGAGCAAUACCUGAAGAUAUUGGUUUAUUGUCCUCUUUAAUGACAUUAAAUCUUGAUGGAAACCAUUUUGUUAGCCUUCCUGCAAGCAUCAGUGGGCUUUCUAAGCUUAUCAGUAUCACAUUGAAGAAUUGCAAAAGGCUUCAAAAAUUGCCAAGCCUUCCAUCAAACAGACGAAUUGUUCUAGCUGUAAACACGGAGAAUUGUACUUCCUUAAAAAUUCUCCCAUAUGCACCGAUGUGCAACGGUGUAAUUUCGAUUAAGUCUGUCAAUUGCAUCAGUUUGGUUGAGCAUCAAGGUUCCAAUUCCAUAAUAUAUUUAAUGCUGAAGAAAUCCCUUCAGGAAAUCCCUCGUUCUCGGGGGUAUUUCAAUAUCAUAAUUCCUGGAAGUGAAAUUCCUGACUGGUUCAGUAAUCAAAGUUUGGGAAACUCAGUAAUUGAGACGCUACCUUCGGAAUUUAAUAGCAAGUGGAUGGGGUUUGCUUUUUGUGCUCUAUUUGAACCAACUUAUUUAAAACAGCAUUCAAAAUAUUAUGCUCUUCAUGGUUUAAGCAACACCUUUUUGGGCCCGAUGAUUGGCAUUUCAGUACACAAUUUAGCGUCAGAUCACCUUUGGUUGCUCGUUCUGUCUAAAUUUUCUUUUUUGGGAUCAAGCAUGACACAUGAGAACUAUUGGAUGGAGAAGUGCGGAGGUCCGAUCCAGUUUUGUGUCGGAACACCAUAUGGUGUAAGAGAGGAGACAUUCGUGAAGAAGUGCGGAGUCCGCAUACUGUACGAACAAGAUGCGGAAGAGCUCAACCGAACAAUGAAGCAAUAUUCCAACAGAAUGAACUCUUUUUAUGAGGACGUUACAGAUUGUGAUUUUGACAAAUCAGACAGGGUAUUAAACAUGGUUAGGAGACAAAUUUAGUAAACAGAAAAAUCAUUUCACAGUCUGUCUAAGAAUUUGAGCUUAAGAGUUAGGCGUAUUAAUUGCUCUCCAUAUCAGCUUUGACUCUUUUUUUUGUUUUUUUGGUGGUCGAAAAUCAGCCUUGACUAUUGGAAUAAGAACUUAGCUGUUAUUUUGUAAUCCAGCUA